AACGGGUGUUAAUCCGACGUGCAUGUGAAGAAAUAUUACAGUAGAAGGUAGUUUUAAAUAGAUCUUUAUAGCCACUUACUGAAAAAACAACUAAAGGAACAUUUUUUUUACAUUAAUUAUAGAGGAAUUAGGGUACAAACAUUGUCAAACACAGUUUUGGCAUUAACCGAAUUGCGAAAUCUAUGUGAAGGAGUUGGGUAAAACGUGGACCAGUGAUAAAAUAUACCCUAUUGUCGAGUAUUGAAUGAUGAAAUGAGAUAUGAAGGUGCCGAAACUUGAAUUAAACUCCAUUUCACUUAGAGUAAACAUAGGCCUUAAUCUCAACGUUAAAAGACAAUCGGGAGACUUUUACGUCUAUGUAGUUACUUUCUCUUGUGGAAUACUAUAAAGGAUCGGUCUUCAAGUCUGACACUGGAAAUACAAGGAUGAGCUGUAACUUGGAUUCAGUAAAACGCAAAGGCAGGAAAAGAGAAAAGUACAGUACUAUGCAUGAACCACUGGAAUUCCCAUCUUGUCGUAUUUGUGGAAAGAGAUCCACAGGAAUCCAUUUUGGUGUUUACAGCUGUGAAGCAUGCAAGACAUUCUUUCGGAGGAGUCUUCUGAGAAGAACCCCAUACCAUUGUGACAAGGGAGGAACGUGCCUCAUUCAGGCAGAACAGCGGAGGGGUGCCACGUGUCCUGCGUGUCGUCUAGAUAAAUGCAAAAAAUCGGGAAUGUCUAAAGAAGGCGUACGGCAAGGGCGUUACACAGUAACAGAAAGAACAAAUGUAAUACUAGAGGUUCAGAAACUUCGCAAUCAGACUGAUCAAAACAUGAGAGGUGAAGGUUUAUUUGACGAAAACCCACCAAACCACGAAGACCGGGUCUACUGUGAUCACUCUUCCUAUCAGUGUACCCUUCAAGAUGAGGAGAAGUCAGCAGAGAAAAUAGAGAGCUCAGAUAAUCAGGCAUCGUUAUCCCCCGGAAGUAGCUCAAGGUCACCUGUCCAAAAUGACUCUAUGAAAGAUCUACAUAGUUUAACUAUAAAUGAUCUCUCAGAGGGAGUGGAAAGAACGUCAAUUACCCAUGAAAUUAACAGUGAGCAAGAAGAACCGAAAAAUAUUUUGGAGAGAGUCAUGGUUGGAUAUAACCUUCUAGAGCCAUUUACAAAGUACUUGACCGAUCAAGAAAUUCAGGAUAUCCUGCAGGAAGGACUGAAUAAAUAUUUGGAGAAAACAAGACUUUUUGGGAAAAUGGAAUACAUUCCUACAGACCAGUAUAAUGAAAUAUAUGAAAAAACAAAUAUAGAUGUAGAUGGCCGGAAGAAACUGUUCUCUGAAAGUAGAGACGAAAUGAUGAAAAUGGCAAACGACUUCGUCAAGUUCAUGAAGAAUAUUCCGUCUUUCACAGAUUUGUGUCUCAAGGAUCAGGAGGCCUUACUCAAAGCUUCCCACUUUGAAUUUUUCACUAUUUUGGAUAAUAGGAAUAUUGACUUAGAAAAAGAGAUGUUAAUAACGUACACUGGGAAGGUAAUGAAGCUAUGCGAAGUGUGUCCAUAUACUCCUAAAGAAACGUUUCUGCGGUGGGGAGAAUUUUCUAGAGAAAUCCAAAAGCUUAAAUUAAGCCCCGAAGAACAUGCUUUAGUUCUUGGAAUUUGUGUGACUUUCAGAGAUAGAUGUAAACUGAACUCUCCGGAGGAAGUUGAAAAUAUUCAAGAGAGACUUUUGGACACUUUAGAGUUUACAAUACAAAUGUCCCAUCACGAGAACAAAGGACGGCGUUUUGCUAAAAUCAUGGAUCUAUUUGUACGUCUACGUGUCAUUGGGGAUGAAUACUUAGAAUUGUACAAAGUCAUCUGUGAAGACCAAUGUUUGAAAGACACUAUACCCGAAUUUCUUAUUUACUUGUGAAGGUAAAAAUAAUGAUAUAAUUAUUUUUCUGCAUUAUUCUAAGCUCCCUGAUUGGCUCAAACUUAAUUAUAUGAUCAAGUAAAAAAAACAGCACAUGGACUUCUGUUUCUAUUUAUAGAUUCUGAAAAACAUAUCGACUUGAUGUUUCUUAAAAA